AUGAACGACGAUGGUGAAUUACCUUCUAUAUUCAAUAAUACUCAAACAACAGAUAAUCCACCAUUAUUUACUUGUUCACUUAAAUUAGACAAACAUGAUUAUGAAAAAAAAAUGCAAUUAGAACGAACAUUUCGUCAAUUUAUUGAGGAAGUACGUUUAAAACGAGCUAAUCUUCCACCAGAAGUACAAACAGAAAUAAUAUCAAAAUCUGCUCCACUAGAAUAUUAUGAUAAUUAUUUUAUUGAUCGAAAUGGUGAUGAAUUAUCAUCAAUUAAUGUUGGUGCACUUCAACAAGGUUGGCUUAUACCGGAUUAUGAACAAGUCUAUCGUAUAGCAUUACCUGAUAGUGAACAACAUGCAUCAUUACAACGAGCACGUCGGCCUAAACCAUCAUGUUUUAAUUGUGGAGCACAAGAUCAUGGUGUUCAAGGAUGUCCAAUGAAAUUAGAUAGUGAAAGAAUACGUCGUAGUCGAGAACAAUAUCAAGAACAAAUGGCGGAUGCAUUUGGUUAUAAUGAUUUAUCACAAAUAAAUAGUGGAUAUGGAAAUAGUAAUGAACCAGCAAGUCGAUAUCAUGAAGAUUCGUAUCAAUCAAGCUUAAAUGAUCAAGUUAUUAUUGAAGAACGUUUUCGACGAUUUGCACCUGGUUGUGUUGGUUAUGAAUUACGACAAGCAUUAGGUUUACGAGAUAAUCAAAUACCAAUGUAUAUUUAUAAUAUGCGUCGUUGUGGUUAUCCACCUGGAUGGUUACGUGAAGCACGUGUUAAAAAAUCUGGUUUACAAGUAUUUCAUGAUAAUGAAGAAGGUGAAAUAAUUGAAACGAAAAAAUCUGAACCAAUUGAUCCAACUGGACAGGAUAAUGUUUUUCCUGGUGCAUUAUUAGAAGAUAAUGUACAAACACAAGCUGAUUUAAAUGUUGAAGAUAGUUAUGAAUAUGAUUUUGAUAAAGUUGUUUCUUAUCCAGGUUUUAAUGUUCAAUUACCAGAUGGAUUUAUUGAUGAAUCUUAUACAUGUCCAACUUUACCAGCAUUUGAUAAACAACAAAGUAAAGAAAAUCUUAUUGAAGAAAUGUAUCUUUUAAAAAAACCUUCACUUAAACGUAAAUCAACACUUGAAACAUAUAAACCAACACCAAUUGAAGAACUUAAUACACCUAAACAAGCAAAAGUAUCAUCUCUUACAAAUGAAUCUAAUUCAUCAUCAAUAAUAAAUGAAAAUGUACAAUCAUCAGCAAAUUAUGAGCAAAAAAGUCUUGGACAAAUUUCUGGUACACCUUUAUGGAUGUUUAGUAAUGCUCCAAAAUUAAAUGUAACACAACAAUUACCAAGUCGAAAUCAAUUUCAACAAGGCAUUUGUGAUCAUUUACCAUUCGAAAAUUUACCUUCAUAUCAAACAGAAAAAGUUGGACGUAUUUUUGAUUUGCUCAAAGAUGUACAAAAGCGACUUGAAAGUCUUAAUAAUGAUCCAUCAUCUGUAUCGAAAGCAGACGAUUCGAAAAAUGAUAAUAAUAUGCAAAUGUCUCCAGAACAUACACCUGAAUCUUAG